GUGCAUGGAGCUUCUCUUGACUCUAUGUAUAUGAUUGGAGUUAGUCUUGGGGCUCAUGUAGCUGGUUUUGUUGGCCAGAAGUAUAAUGGCAAACUUGGAAGAAUUACAGGUCUUGAUCCAGCGGGACCUUCAUUCACGCACGAGCCACCAGAUGGGAGAUUGGAUCGUUCUGAUGCACAGUUUGUUGAUGUAAUUCAUUCAGAUACUGAUGCCCUAGGUUUCAAGAAACCUUUAGGAACCAUUGAUUUCUAUCCAAAUGGAGGAACAGAUCAGCCUGGUUGUCCAAACACAGUUUUCAGCGGAAUUCAGUUUUUCAAGUGUGACCAUCAAAGAGCUGUUUUCCUCUUCUUAGCAUCUUUGAAAAGGAAGUGUGACAUAAUAACAUAUCCUUGUGAGUCUUACUCGGAUUACAAGAGAGGAAAAUGUGUUGAUUGUGAUGCUUUCCAGCCGAUGUCCUGUCCAGUACUGGGUUAUCAUGCUGAUAGAUGGAAGAAAUGGUUAAUAGCAAAAAAUUCACCAACGAGAGCUUAUUUUGAUACCUCGGACCAAGACCCAUUCUGCAUGUACAACUACUUACUGGACAUUACUACCUGGAAUAAAAGCAACAGGAGAGGUUUCAUUAAAGUUAAAAUAACAGACCAUGCUGGAAACACAGUAGAAUCAGAGAUGAAUAG